CGCGAAAAUUUGCUUUGCGAAAUGCAACAUGGCGGACCAAAGGUGAACACGUUCUGAGAUGUUCUGAGAGAAAUAAUCUUUGUUGUUCGUUUUGCGAUCAUGACUCCAUUUGUAGAAGGGUGGGAUUUUGUAGAAACACUCGGUGAAGGUGCUUAUGGCGAGUGAGUUCUUUAGAUCUUUAAUCUGUUAUUUGCCCUUCUUGAAGAAAUGAUGGCGCGUGUAUCUCCAUGAUGUCAAAUCAAAUUACUCGUCUUCGUGUCUUUAGGGUGAAGUUGGCUGUGAACAGAGACACCCAAGAAGCGAUUGCUGUGAAGAUCAUUGAUUUAGAGAAAGCUGCUGAGAAAGAUUGUUAUGAUAAUGUUAGAAAAGAGGUUAGUGAUAUGAUAUAUUUAAAUGAUAAUCUCCCUUUAUUGAAUUCGAACUUCGAAAUUGACGCAGAUCGAGCCCAGAUCGAGGCUUUUGUGUCUUUCAUUAGAGCUUUAAACAUGCGCCAUUGUUCUAAGGUAAUGAGUUAAAUCAAUACAUCUCAACAGACAAUUUUUAUUGUUUGUUAAACUUAGAUUUGCAUUCAUCGUAUGCUUCAAGAUGUACAUGUCAUUCGAUUUUACGGCCAAAGAACAGAGGGCAAGAAACAGUACUUGUUUCUGGAGUGCGCAAGCGGUGGAGAGCUAUUCGACAGGAUAGGUAAGGAAAUUCUGAUACUCACUAACACAUUUUGUAUUCGUUAGGAUCGUUUGUGGCAACGAGAUCGUAAAGCUGGCUGCUAACAAACCAGGAUAUUUAAAGUUCAAAACAUUAAGAAUCCGAUCAGUGUAAACGAGAUUAAGCUUAGGCCCGGUUCAGACGCUGCUCCACUAGCCUGUUCCAGGCUAUCAGAUAGUGGGAAAGACGUGAAAAUAAAAGGCACGCGAAAAGUUGGUGGGGCGAAAAAGAGGAAAGGAAGGGAGAGAGAGCCUGUAAUCAUUUCUUCUACGACCCUUUUCUGCCCACUUUUGGCACGUUUGAGAUAAUUAGAUUCCUGCUGUCAAACUGUUGAAAUGUCAAUGAGCUGGAAUCUUUCUCAAAUUUCUCGCGAGAUUAUUUUGCGCGGUGCUAAUCCCUUAUGCAAGCGUGAGCAAGUUGGAGUGUAAAAAGCAGGUAGGUAGGCAAAACACUACUUUUACCUCGAGCCAAAACUCUGCUUGUUCCAAUGGAUAUUUUCUCUUACAAGUAAAUUAUGCUCUGGAGGGGUCUACAUUUUGACUGAACAAACUAUGUUGCCACUUGUUUCAUGCUGCAAGGUCAUGACACGCAUAUUGAUUUUCUGCAGUAAUUGUUUCUGGUCGGUAUGAUUGAUGAUUUGCCCUCUGGUGCAAGAGCAUUUUCUUUGACCUCUUUUGAAACGCCAAGUUCUUCAUUGCGGAUAAAUAAGGGUUUAAGGUUGUUUUAAUUUUCUCUAAAGUCCCUCCUUGAUCUGAAUAACUGAAAGCGAUUUUCUUUUGUCCGAGAUUGUGAUGGUUUCCUUCAAUGAGUUUUAUCACGCUGGGCCCAGCUCGUUAGUGUUUUUGCAGGAUCUUAACUUCUCACGGUUAGUGAUUCACAGAUCCAAAUUUCGAAGAAUGGUGUACCAAACUUGUGGGAUACAUUCUAAACUCAUGUACUCACAAAUUAUACUUGACAAAUCCUUGUUUUUAUUCUCCUCGUGGUUUUCCAACGCAUCUCUUAUAUUGUUCUAUCUCACACACACAAAAAACCUAUUGUCUCCUCUCAAACGUAACCGGUUGCAUACUUGUGAUCCCAGCCUAAACGUGCUUACGCAACUUCCGUUCAGACUCCCCUAAAACUCCCCUAAAACUAAAAGUGUCACUUAAUUUUUACCGAAACAGUGUUCAAACUUAAGUGACUAAUUGAACUAGAACUAGUUCAGUCAUCGUCAUCAUCCGCAGUGAUCAGUCAUAUUUUCUCCUUUGCGGUCUCAGCAGCUUGUCCUCUAAUCCUAAAAUGCUCUGUCUCUUGACUUCCAGGUGUCAGCUGCAAGGGUGCGUCCUCAGUUGCAACCGGCCCUUUAAUCUCCAGUGGGCAGACCAAACUUAGUGGUCUCUCAAUGUGAUGGCCCUUGUGCAGCAAAAUUACUCCUCUGAUGUCCCCAUCUCUCCCUCGAACAUGAUGCAUUACUCUUCCUUUCUUCCACUUCGCUCGGUUUUUCUCAUCGCCAACGACUAGCACGAUUUCUCCAAUGCCCGGUACUGGACCGGUCUUCCUGUUGACUCGAUGGCUCUCCAACAAACUGUGUAUGUAUUCGUGCUUCCAUCUUUUCCAUGCAUGCUGUUUGGCUUCCUUCAGUCGCUUGUGAAGUUUGCUCACUUUGUCUCUGUCUUCUUCUGUCUCCUCUGUCUGGUGUGCAUUCUGCCCCCACAUCAGCACAUUCGGGGUCAAUACUUGUUCCUCCCCUCCCCUGCUUUCGAGGUAUGUCAAAGAGCGGUUGUUCAUUUGCCUCUCUAUGUUGACUAUCACCGUCUCGAGCUGUUCGAAGCUUAGGGUUGUCCUAAGUAACGUCUUGUAAACAGUCUUCUUUAGGUCUUUGAUAACCCGCUUAUACAUUCCACCCCACCAUAGGGAUCUGGAAAGGCUGAAUUGCCAUCUGAUGUCUUCUCUCGCAGGAUGGUCUUGUAGCCUCUUGCUCUUCCGUAUUUUCUUUAUCCAGCUUGCAGUAGCCUUGAAUAUUGAGGUGUUGUCUGAAAUAAUAAUACGAGGUCUGGUCUUCCUGGCAAUGAACAAGUUCAGCUUUCUCUGAAACUCCUCUGCCUUCUGUGAUUUCAUGACUUCCAGGUGUACUGCUCUUGAGGUGGCGCAAGUGAAGAUCAAGACGUAACAUUUGCCUUGCUCCUUCUUGGUGACUUUGUAGUCAAGUGGACCAGCAAAAUCUACUCCAGUUGUUUCGAACGGUCGCCCCUCCUCCGCCCGAAACCUCGGCAUUGCAGCUGACGUUGUGGAUCCAUAGAACUUUGUGCUGAAUACUUUGCAAGUGUUACACCGAUCGAUCACCUUUUUGACCUUGGACCUCAGCCUUGGAAUCCACCACUCGUUCCGUAUGUUUGCCAUUGUGUUUGCAACUCCCAGGUGCGUUAUCUGCUCAUGCGUAUGAGCGAUAAGUUUCUCGCCAAACAGUCCCCCUUCGAUGUAAAUGGGGUUGUAACCGGAAAUCCUUCCACUACACCUCAGGAUGCUGGUGUUGUCCUUGACCAGCUCCCAGCCUGGUGUUUGUAAAUUUGGAGAGGUACUGCUUUGGACCUUCUUGAUCCAACGUGUCUUUGCGUUUCCCAUCUCCUCCGGUGUCAACAGCCCUGUCAGCUUUGUUGCUCUCUCUCGUCUCACCAAGGAAUUGUUCAGGAACCUCAGUGCCCAGGCCGUUACUCGCAGAGUCUUCCGAUACUUGUGUCUCUCUAACAGUGCCUCCCACUCGUCGAGCUUGUGCUCUUUAGCGUAGAGGUUUUCUUCCUUGAUAGGUUUGUGUUUUUAUUGUUGACGUCCUUGGUGCAUUCAAAAUCUGGCUGAUCCGGCCACUGCUUCUCGUCUAAUAACCAUUCAGGACCUGUAAACCACCCUCCGGUCUCCAUCUUGUGAAUUCCAGCUCCUCUGCUUCCCAGGUCUGCCAAAUUCUUCUCUGUUGGACAAUACUUCCAGCUGAUCCCUGUCUCACCGGUAAUUUCCGCCAUCUUCUUGACUCGGUUUGAUACGAAAACUUUCCAAGGUUUUCCCGGAUUUCUGAUCCAAUACAGGGCGACCAUACUGUCCAUCCACACGGUUGUAGAAACGAUGGGCCAUCGUUUAAGUGCGUUGUGCAGGUUUCUGACCAUGUUCGCUGCCAUCUGUCCGCUCACCAACUCUAGUCUCGCUAUGGAUGUGUUUCGUUUUGAGACUCUUGAUUUUGAUGUCAGUAGACCUUUGACCACUCCUGUCUUACCUUCGACCACAGCUAUGGUUACUGCGGAAAAUGCAAUGUUGCUAGCAUCUGCAAACACGUGAAGAUGUACGGCUUGUAUCCAACCUACUCCUCUCGUUACACUUCUUGGAAUUCUCACAGGUUUUAGUUGACUAGACCAUUUGAUCCAAUCUCUCUUCAGCUGGUCUGAAACGUCAACGUUCCACCCCUUUGUCUCAUUGCAUGCGUCUCUGUAGAUCUGCUUCCCCUUCACAGUUGUAGGUGAAAUUAUCCCUAGGGGGUUGUAAAUACUUGCAAGGUGGCUCAGUAUUCCUCUCUUUGUCAACAGCUGGUUAUCAGAAGGCUCUGGUACUUGGACCUCCAGCGUGUCAUCUCUUUUGUCCCAUGUUAUCCUGAGGAUCUUGCUAGGGUUUGUUGAAUCUUCACUUUCCAGGGUCUCAAUGUCUGAUUCCCAUUUAUGGACGGGAAACCUUUCACUCUCCAGGAUGCUGGUUGCUUCUAUUUUGAAUUUUUUCAGUUCCUGCUCUUCUUCCCCGGUCUUCAUUACAUUGUCCACGUGUGUGUUCUCCUUCAAGGCCUGGAUGGUUUCUUGAAAGUCUUCGCCUUGCUGAUCGUAAUGGUAGUUUAGGGUAGCACCUAACAGAAUGGACUUGCCUCUCCCCCAAAUGGGACUCUGAUGAACCUCAGGUGUUGUUCUUUACCAUUAAUUUUAUGUUAAACAGGAACCGCAAUAUGUCCCUCUCCUCUUCUCUGACACCAAUCUGCCAGAACGCCUUCUGGAUAUCCGCUAGAACAAGAUGGGUGGACAUGCAUGCUCUGAUCAAGAUGUCCCACAGUAAGGGCUGAAGUGGCAGACCCGUGUACAUACAUUCGUUUAUGCUGUUGGCCAGUAGGUGUGGUUUCGCGCUAGCGUCAAAAACCAUUCUCACUUUGGUCGUACUCGCGCUCUCCCUAAUGACCGGUUUGUGUGGCAUGUAGAAAGUGUGGUCUCCGGUUAGUAUUUUGGGUGCAACCUCCACUAUUCCUUUUGGCUCAGCUUCUUCUCAACCCUGAUUAGGCGUCUCCUGCUUGGCUGUUCGUUCGUACUAGGCAGGGAACUACUUGGAAUCCAAGGCACGUUCACUUCGUACCGGCUGUCUACUCCCCUUUUGACGCUGUCCUUGAAACUACUGAGCAUGUCUGACUGCUUGAUCAUCUUCUCCUCUAUCCUCUACCCCCAACACGUCUAAGCUGUAAAGCCUCUCGUAGUCACUCGCCUCUUUGACGUACAUACACUAAUUUGUUUGUGUACUCCGCGCCUCCAUGGAUGACCCAUCCAAACGUUGUGCCCUCUACUAUUGGGUCCUCAGGGUGCCCCUUGAAUGUUGGAUCGGUCCUUAUUUUGCAGUAGGUCCUGUCACCCAAGAUCACGUGAAUAGGAUACUCUUCACUUGCUGUCACGUAAAACUGUUUGUCUCGGGCAUGUUCGUAUCUUGUCUUUAACUCCUUAACAGUCGGUUGUGAAAUCCGCCAUCUUACUCCCAGUGAUUUCUACCCGCUCACUCGUUCUAUGAUCUAAAGAAUCAAGUCUCACUUCAAAUAUGGGCAGGGACUGUUUCUGGACACUAUUGAUAGUGACGAAUAAUUGGUGUGACUCAUGGUGCGUAGGCUUCAAAUUUAGCUUCUCGAUUGCUUUUCUUGAUAUGAAAUUCCUCCCCGAGCCUGUAUCCAAGUAAGCCCACAAGGUGAUUCCUUGAAUCUUCAGCAGAAUGAUGGCUGGUAAUAAUCGAUCUUCUGAGCCGGGGUUAUAUGCUGUGAACACCGUGCUGUCAAUCGGUCCGUUCACCAAAUGUCUGUCACACGGGCUUGUGUGGUGUCUUGACUUACACUUGAAACAAGAGCGACUUCGGCAGUGACACGCCCCUUGACCCUCACGUCCACAGUUGUAACACAGUCUCCUUUCAAGAAAGAAAUUUCUUCUUUUUUCUAUGGUAUCGAAGACUCCACAGGCUUCCCCCCAGUGGUCACCUUGACAGUAUAGGCAAGAAGAGGGUUUGGGUUCAUGGCCGGCGUCCCUCUUUCCCCUUGUAUAUCAGUGCCAUUCCCUUUUUUGUGAGUCCCUGCGUCAGUCGACGAGUCAUCCACCUUGUUCCUUUUGAGCCACUUUUGCAGGUUUUCAAUUAAUUCCUUCAUGCUCCCUUCCUCCCAGUGAUUGUCAACUCUAACAAGAUCGGGUUUAACUUGUGGUAAUUUCUUCAGCAUCGUCGUCAUGAAUCCUCUCAACAUGUCAGCCUCCCCCAGGGUUUGCAAGGCGUCGUAAUUUUUGCUUAGCACUUCAUAGAACUCUCUUACUUUCUCGAAACUGUUCCCUUUUACUGGUGUCAAGUUUAUGAUUUCGUCCAUGUGGGCAUUCACAACAAGCUUAGUUUGCCCGUAUUCCUUUUGUAAUCUCUCGCACGCCGUUUUGUACCCCAAGGUGCCUGGUUUAAGGUUAGAAAUUUUCUCCCUUACCUUGGGUGCCACCAUCUCUAACAAGUAGCCAAAUUUUUCUUCGUCUGGAACUGGCAGUUUUAGUUUGGUGAGGCAAAAGUGUUAAGUUUGACAGAGUCUGUGGAACUUUUUUUGAACUUAACUUAGCCUCAACACACGGCCUGAAUCAGGUGUCGCCCCAGUGGUGCUCCAAAGUUAAACUUAUUCAAUUAGGUUCGACAUAUGAAAAGUACAGUGUCUGAACUAGGCCUUGCAAUGCAUACCCUGGAAGUAGAAGACCUUCGAUCUUUCACGAUAAGAUUGAAGGGCCUUGGGAAAGAUACGUUGCAAACAGGCUCGUAAAGCAAAGUCAUUCUUGCACAGAGGUUAAAAGUUGUAAACAGUCAAUUACUUCCCUUAAUGGCUACAGAAAAUGCUGUAAUUUUGUGGUGGCCAUAAGGAGGUGGUUGUUUCACGACGCUUGAACCAGGAUGGUCAGAAAGUUUUGAAGUAGAUGGCUGAGUUGUCAAAGUAAGCAGCCAUUUCAGAGAUAUUUUAUUUAAAAAUUGCCGUCCAUAAAGAAAUGCUAAGCAAAGUAGCUAGCCGAUAUUAACCAAGUAGGCGGCGAUUCUCGCUGGCAGCCAGCUACUUUUGACAACCCUAAACCACUGGAGUUUUCUUUCUGGAAAAAGUCUUUACACAUCAGCUUAUUCACAGAAAAAGCAUUAUCGUAGUUGCAUUGAAAGAGUCGCUAGGUUGUCUCUAAAACUCAGAGUAGCCUAGGUCACUCAGCAAACAAGCAAGUGAGACCAUGUGUCAAGUGGUCGCUUAAAAGAGUGGAGUUUUUGGACAAAAUCCUGUUGUGUUACCAUUCAGAUGAAACCUCUGGCAGUAUUGUCUUUCAGAAUCUUACAAAAUGAGAUUUGGAAAUUUUGUAAAAAGAAUUAAUAAUGUUGAUUUUGGUCACUUUUGGGUUUGAAAGGGUGAAUCAAUUUCAGGGUCCUACCUGGGCUUCCUACCUUCUAUUUUAAUAUGUCCCACAUGAUCAAAUUCAGCAGUGGUUUUCUUUUGUGUAGAACCCGAUGUUGGCAUGCCACUACACCAGGCUCAGCGUUAUUUCAAACAGCUCAUUGAUGGAGUGGUAGGCCAGUCAUUGAUACCUAAUGUUUGAUGUUACUGUUAGCAAGAGUGUUAAUUCAAAUAUAAAACAAGGCUUAGCCAAUUAUUUAACCAGUUUAUGCCAUAGAUCUUUCAUCUUUGCACUUUCUAGGUUUUGCAUUAUUUUGACCUAGAAAGUUGGAAGUAAAAUCCAGCCUUGUUUUUUAAUAUUGGGUGUCCCGCAGUCCCCAGUGUUUUGCAUGGAGUGUGCUUUUGAUUUCCUAUCUUUUGGCGUCAUGUUUGUAAGGGCCACUACAAUGAUUCUAGAUUUGUUCUUGAAAUCAUGGUUUGUGGCCAUGGCCAGACAGAUCAUUAUAGGUCCCCAACUAAUUUUUGUUUAUGCAAUAUUGAUGUUCAUUGCCGUGAAAUGUAGUUGUUACAUGUACUCGGAUUUAACACUUAAAGUUAUAAUAAAAGUGUUUCCUCAGAAAAACAAUACUAAUUGACCAUGUUGACAUCUCGAAUCAUUUUUCAGGAGUACCUCCACAAACAAGGUGUUACUCACAGAGACAUUAAACCUGAAAACCUUCUCCUGGAUGCUGAUGGUGAGAGCCAAAAGUGGCUUAUGCUAUUGAAAUAUAAACUGAGACAGUGUCAGUAAUCAUGACCCCCUAUAAAGGCCUAACGCCUUCAUGCUGAUCACUUACUUGUUACGGGAAACUAUUUCCAGGGUUUUCAAUAAGAUUUUAAGUAGGUGGCAAAAGCUUUGGAGUUGGUGGAGAGGGAAAAAACUUGUGACAAAGGUGAAAUUUGUGAGCGCCGAAUGCCCUAGUUUCUGGAAAAAUUGUGAAAUCUGGGCCUCUUGACAGCACAUGAAUAUUGUACCACUCAAAAGUAAGUUACCACCCUCUCGCGAAUCGUGUCGCGCGCUACGCGAUUCUCGUUGUUGGGGUAAUUUCCAAAGAAAAGUAGGCGGUGAGUCAAAUAGCUGGCAAAUUUCGCCAGCCACUGGCUCUUAUUGAAAACCCUGUAUAUGUUGUUAGUAGUAUAAUUUUGUUUACUCAGAAAUGUAUUUUUUUGUAAAUUUCUUUCUCAGACAAUUUAAAGAUCUCUGAUUUUGGAUUUGCUACAGUUUUCCGUCACAAAGGCAAGGAGCGGCCACUCGGUCGAAGGUGUUGUGGAACACCACCAUAUGUUGCACCUGAGGUAUUGAAAAAUCUAGUCACUCAGUCAAGGAGUCUUAAAUUUCUCUGUCAAUCAAUUAACCCAUGAAUAAACAUCCAUCAUCAGGGCUCGGAAAAAAAAAUUGGAAUAAGAUCAUGGAUUCCAGCUUGUCCUUUGGGCAAGCAGUUCUCACAUGUUGCUUGCCCUGGGUCACUUCUUGUUCAUCUUACUCAAUGAUUUUGUUUAAGGAUUACUUGCCUGGAAACCUUUGCCAUUGGGCAUUAGCAAGCUUUUAAACGUUACUUGCCCAGCAAGAACAUCUACUUGUCCCAAACUACCAGACUGGAUUUGGCUCAAGCCCUUUCAUCGUUAGAAUAAACACCUAACAAAUAGACCUCUUUACCAAUAUGGCAGCCAUGUUUAAUUUAUUAGAUUUAAGGAGUAUUAUGGGAUGCCCAGGGGGCACUCACUCAGUAUUUACAUGCAUUUUUCGGGCGAAAAGAGAACUUCAAUGUAUAUUUCUCAGGAAAAAGGCGAUCAUUUUUACAUCCAAACACAGCACAACAAUCUUUUUUUCCCACUACAAUCUUUUUCUAGGAAAACUUUAAAAAAAUAUACUCAAAAAGUGUGCUUUAAUACUGAUGUGAGCAUAUUGGAUCGUGCUUAUUCCCCCUCAGUGGGCAUCCCAUAAUAUUCCUUAAAUCCAAUUAAUUCAAUGUGGCCACCAUAUUGGUAAAAAGGUCUAUUCCCACAAUAAAUUAUUGUGCUCCCAGGUUUUGUCUGAUGGUGAGUACAGAGCUGAGCCCGCAGACAUCUGGUCCUGUGGCAUUGUCCUUAUCGCUAUGUUGGCAGGAGGUAGGUGACUUAUUCCACCAGGUGCCCCACCUACGCUAAACAUUUUUAUAUUAACCUAAAAUAAUGGUACAUGUAGCUUACAUUAACUAAUUUGUCCACAUGUUUUGAAACUGAAUAUGAAUUUAACAGCUACCGUAUUUAUUCGAAUAAGCGCCCAACCUUGAAUUAGCGCCCACCUUGAAUAAGCGCCUAUCCUAGAGGCGGAAAAAGUUAAUAAGCACCCAGCCUCGAAUAAGUGCCCACCCCACCCCACACCCUCCCACAAAAACGCCAAUGAGAGAUAAUAAGAGACCCUCCCAAAGACUGAGUUUUUUUCAGGGUAUUGUACAGAAACCUUGCUUUGUUACAUCUUUGCUUUUUGUUAUUAGCAUUUACUGUUUUGUUGCAAAAUAUAGUACUACGCUUGCUGAGAAUAGUGAAAAUUAGUGCCCAGCCUUGAAUAAGUACCCACCUCAAAUAAGUGUCCACUCUCAAGAUCCAAAAAUUUAAUAAGUGCCCAGGGUGGUUAAUUGAAUAAAUUAAAUACGGUAUCCUGAUCAAUUGUACAUGUGUGUAUAGUGCAGUUUUCAAUUUUUAAAAUGCCACAUGUGAUCAAUGACAGUUAUACAUUAGUCUUGCUAGUGAAACCUUUAAAUCUAUACUUACUAGCACUUUGAAAAUUUUGACACUUGUAAGCUUUGGCAAAAUGAAUCAAGUGUUUCGCAGUGUGUUGUGCUAGCACUAAAGCAUUUUCCCAGAGUUAGCGACUGCUUUUUAAAGUUUUAAGUGACCAAUAAUCAAUAGAACUUCCAUGGGAUCAACCAACUAAGAAGUACAAAGAAUAUGUUGACUGGACUUAUGGAAGACUUCACAGAACACCAUGGACAAAGAUGGAUCCACUAUCAUUAGGUGUGUUAAGUUUAUUUUCAGUAAUUUGUUAUUAUUGCUUUGCCCUAAAGUUAGACAAUUAGAGUAUAUGUUGAGGGAUCAAGGAUUUUAAAAAUAUGCAACUGUAUUCUGAUAACAUGGUCUCUGAUCACAUGACUGUUCUUAUGGAGGGAGACAAUAUUAGUUUUUGCAUCGUAGGAAAAUUUGUGAAAUUCUAAUCCCUGGUAAACUGGUCUGCGUUAUUGGCUUCGCUGGUGUUUUUGAUGGUGAGCAUGCAUGUGCUCAAACAAGCAGCUGCAGCUUAUUCACAUGUACUUGCCGACAGCUAUGUUUAUGAUACAGUACUGACUGCAAAUCGCUUCUUUGCGUCUUGUUACACUGCAUUUCCUUGAAAAACAACUGUCCUUUGUCUACCAAUUGCCUCCCCCAUCCCUUUAAAGGUGAUAUUACAUAGGACAAUUCACAAUGACAAGUUUUGGCGCAACACAGCGUUGCAAUGCUGGAACAAUGUUGUAACCAUUCAAAACAAUAUUGCAACCUUGUGUUGUGCUAAAAAUGGUCAUUGUGCAUGGUCUCAUGUAACAUCCCCUUAAAACAAGUUUAUUGCCUACUUCCAAUAUUCACAAUUUACUUUACCCCCUCCCCUCCCUUAAAUAGUGAACUCCAUGGACCUCCCCCCCUUCCUUUUACUCCCUUAUCAAAUACAUGUAUCAUGGUUCUUGUAUUAAACCUUUUCCACCUAUUUGAGGUGUUUACAGCUGUAUGUACUUGUAAUUUUUUAAAGGAUUUUUGGAGAAAAUUCUUGUGGAAAAUCCCAAAAGAAGGCUCAACAUACCUCUUAUGAAGAAAGAAAAAUGGUAUACUAGGUAAAAAAAGAAUACCUUGUCUUUCUUUAAUUUGGAUUUCUAUUGAAUUUUUAUAACUCGUUUAGUUAACAGUUGCAUAUUUUUUUUAACCUUUGUUUAUUGUUUUGACAUCAGAUCAUUCACUUUGGCAAGAAGUCCAAGGGAAGGUAAGUGUUGUUACACCUACAUAUAAACACUUGUAUGCUAUUAAUACUUUAAAGAAGAAUAGUGAUUAACAAUUUUUGUUUUUCAACAACACCAAAGUCAACUGCACUCUUAAUAAUAUCAUUUUGUUUAUUGUUGAAAACAUUUUGAUUAUACACAGGUUGUUCCCCAGGGGACACACCCACUGGAACAGCACCCUUCAAAAGAAGAUGCACUGAGGCAGACGUCAUUUCUCCUAAGCGUUCAAGAAGAAAUCAGUAA